CAAGCCAGGAACCUACAAAGGCCUGGAGCUCGCUGUGGAUUCUGUGGACUAAAGAGAAGCAUGGCAGCAGACUUGUCAGGAUCUGAAGAGGACUGGGAUGGGGAUGAGGAUGAGGACACUCAGUACAUGAUUGAACAGAGUCUCUUGCAGUACAAGCGGUGUGGUUCAAAGUCCAAUGAGCCUGAGGAUACCACUGACGUUGACGAAAUCAUAACAGUCAUAAGAACAGGUGAUGAGGAGGCCCUCAGAAGACUUGUCCAGUGCCGGGAAGCUUUGUCCAAGCCGGACAGUAGGGGCUGGCUUCCAAUCCACGAGGCAGCAGCCCAGGAGGAGAAGAGAAUCUUGGAGAUCACUUAUGCAGCCUCCUUCCAAGGAGCUGGAGAGAGCCGGACACCAACUGGAGAGACGCCGCUGUUCCUUGCCGUGGUGUACGGGCACAAGAGGAACGCUGUAUUCCUGCUACAGAAUGGCAGCAAUCCUGACAGCCAGAAUGAAGAUGGAGACUCUCCCUUGGUUGCAGCUAUAAAGAAUGACCAGUAUGACAUGGUAGCUCUCCUCCUUCACUACGAUGCCAAAGUGGACCAAAGAGGGGCCCUACAGAGAACUGCUCUCCACGAGGCCUCCCUGCUGGGCUUGCCCAACUACACUUACCUUCUCCUGCAGUCGGGAGCAGACCCCAACGCCUGUGAUGACAGUGAACGCACCCCCUUGGGAUUGGCUGCUCAAGCAGGCCACCUGAAUAUUGUUGAAAUUCUACUCCAGGGAGGGGCUAAGGUUUCAUCCCGGUCAGCCAACUCUGGCUCCAUAUUAUUUGAGGCAGCUGCCUCCGGUAAUCCAGACGUUAUAGCUGUACUGCUGGAUUAUGGCGCUGACCCCAAUGUACCCAUACAUACAGGCCACCUACCCAUCCACAGGGUGUCUUACAGAGGACAUAUUCUAGUGCUGGAGCAGUUGAUCCCAGUGACCAAACUGGAGGCCGUGACCAAGAGUGGCAUGAGCCCUCUGCACUCUGCGGCGGCUGGCGGGCAAACCCAGUGCCUGGAGCUGCUCAUCAGCGCGGGCUACGAUGCCAACUUCAUGCUGCACCCCAGGGUGCGACGCAACUACGAGGACGAGCGGCGGUCGGCGCUGUACUUCGCCGUGUUCAACAACGACAUCCGAUCGACGCGGCUGCUGCUGGACGCGGGCGCCAUGCCCAACCAGGACCCCAUCAACUGCCUCCAGGUGGCGCUGCGCCAGGGCAACUACGAGCUCAUCAACAUGCUGCUGCGCUACGGCGCCAACGUCAACUACUACUCGCGCAUCAACACCACGCACUUCCCCUCGGCCCUGCAGUACGCGCUCAAGGACGAGGUGAUGCUGCGCAUGCUGCUCAACUACGGGUAUGACGUGCAGCGCUGCUUCGACUGUCCCUACGGCGACGGGCCGCACGUGCCUGCGGACUACGAGGGCUGGAGUGCCUCAGUUAUAAAAGACAUGGUGUUUUGUGAAGUGAUAACUGUGUACUGGCUGAAGCACUUAUCAGGGCAAGUGGUCCGCAUCAUGCUGGAUUAUGUUGACCAUGUCACCCUCUGCUCCAAACUGAAAACCGUUCUAAUGGAACAAAAACAGUGGGACGAUAUUUGCCAAAUCCAAGCAAAUGUACGCAGCCUGAAGCACUUGUGUCGUCUGAGCAUCCGAGAGCGGUUACGGAGUCUACGUCUGAAGUCACCGGUGUUUUUAAGCUACCUGCCUUUACCAAGCAGGCUGAAGGACUACCUCCGCUUUAAAGAGUAUGAUGUAUAUGGCAAAGGCACUAGUAUAUCAGAUGAGAGGUGAUUGGUCAUAAACCUAUUCAUUUGCUGAUUCAAAAUGACCUGCUAGUUUAUUCAUUGAUACUUUGUGAAAGUCUGAUACUCAAUCAUUGUUUGCUUCAUGUAAUAUUAUUAUCAUUGUUGUUGUUUUUGUGGCAAGCAAUUAAUUUUCUUACUCAUGAAAAAGGGAGGCGGAGGAUAUGGGGGUCAAAAGUUCACAAAUAUAGGUUUAAUACAGCCAUCAUCAAAAUGAGACCUUUCAGUGACUUACACAUUCAGGUGGCAAUAAAACAGAAUUAAUCUAGAAGAUAUGUAU